AUGGCGGCUUCGAAGACAAACCUCCCAGAGCCCUCUUACUCUGCCGUCUUCACUGCAUCCGUCUCUGCAGAGAUCGACGCCCCGAUAGAGAAAGUAUGGGAAGUGCUCACCGACUUCACCAAAUACCCUGAGUGCCAGGAGGUCGUCGACAAAGACAAGAAGAAGGUCGAGGACCAGACCCCCGCCAAGGGCAAAUACCUCUCGAUGCUCACGCACAUCCCGCCCACCAUGGACGACGGUGCGAAGAAGCAGCCCGCGUCUGUGCUCAUCACCCACUGCGACGACGAGACCCACCGGCUGUGUUUCUCCGGGCUCAUGUCCUCCUGGUUCAUCCGGUCGGAGCGUUGGCAGGCUCUUAGUACCACGGAGGAUGGCAAGACGUUCUACGAGUCGCGCGAGAUUUUCGCGGGCAUUGGCUCCCCGAACCUGAUGAAGAGCUUCCAGGCGAUGGCGGACACUCUCAAGGCGAGAGCUGAACAGCAGUGA